AUGUGUAGGUACUGCGUCAUGGCUUCGGUUAGCGCGUAUCCCUGUAUGUUACGCGUUGGGAGGGAAAGCGGGACACAAGACACAAGCCAGCAAGCAACGGUCGCUACUGCAGCCCAAACAAGCAUUCGGCGCAAGUGCGAUCAACACCAACCUGCGCGACUGCGCGACCUGUAUGGCCCGCGCCUUCUCCACCAGAACAUCAUGUCUUCGCGCAACCCCCCGAGCACCAAGCCGUCGACCGCAGCAGACAGGCGGUCCGCCAAUGCCGCCGCCUACACGUCCAGCGCGCGACCCCGCGCUGCUUCUGGCGAGGAGAACGACCGGCGCGGGUCCAGCACAACAGCCCACACGAGGAAACAGUCGGCGCCCAUGGGCACAGCCACAGAGCGCCGCACGGAAAAGAGGGAGGUGCGCGACAGAGUCACCGAGUCCAGGCGCACAAGAAGUCCGUUGAAGCAUUCGAGUGAGAGCCGGGUCAAUGCUGGCGCUCGCGCUGAGAAACAGGCGCGCGAGACGGAGAGACCGUCCCGCACUGCUGUCUCACAAGUAUCGUCGGCCGAAGAGCCACAGACACCAUGGGAACCGCAGGCUUCCCUUAUACCGCACACCACCGCUCCACUUGCGACGCGCGUGUCCAUUCCUCCGCUUGCUUCGACUGCGCCUACUUCACUGCAGCCCACACCCCUCGUCCAACUGUCACUAGACGCGCAAGAGAAGGCUAUACUGGAGGACUUGCUGUUCGUCUUCAUGGGAUUCGAGGGACAAUACAUUCGGUUCAGCGCAUCGUAUAAUCCACAUGAAGAAAAAGACAGACUGGUUGGGCCCCAGUUCCGGAUCAUGCCAGGCCUGGACCCGAGCCUGCGAGAUCUGACCAAGUCCAUGUUGAAGACAGCAACACACUACAUUGCGGUCGAAGCGUGUGUAGAGGUGCUGAGCCGGGAGCAGUACGGUGCGGUGAAUCAUGCCCUAUGCGCCGCAGUAAGACGACUGCUGAAAGAUUACCUCACUCUGGUCGCACAAUUGGAGCACCAAUUAUUGACCAAUGAAUCCUUCACCCUCCAUGUUCUCAAUCUCCACACGAAACAAACGAGCCAUAUGCUCUUCCAGCUCUACACCACUGGGAUCGAGCUGCUGAAAGCGAACGAUAUCCUAGAGGACGAAAAGGACGAUGACGAGGCUGAUGAUAGCAACGAUUUCGAGAAUAUCUUGGAAUCGUUGCGUGAAGGUAGCCACACAAUCAAAAAAGUUUGCAAGGGCGGAAGCUCCUUGGGACUGAUAACGAAACGACUGGCAUCCAUGUCUGGAGAUCCCGCGGCACGGACGCUACUCACAACUUUAUUACGAGAAGCCAGCAGACCUUACAUGGCCAUGUUGAACGAAUGGCUGCACCAUGGAGGAAUCAAAGAUCCUCACGCAGAGUUCUUGAUCAAAGAACAGCAGAGCAUAAAACGAGAGGGAUUGGAAGAGGACUAUACCGAUGAGUACUGGGAAAAGCGAUACACGGUUCGAGACGCAUUGGUCCCGCCGCAACUCGAGGCAGUCAAAGACAAGGUCCUACUGGCCGGGAAAUACCUCAAUGUCGUGCGCGAGUGUGGGGGAGUCGAUGUCAGCAAAAGCGUUCAAGACGCCCCAACCAGCUUCGAUGACCCGUCCUUUCUUGAUAAUGUCAACUCGGCCUACGCAUACGCAAAUACCUCUCUUCUCAACUUAUUACUCACAACACAUCAACUGCCUGCACGCUUACGAUCACUCAAACAUUACUUUUUCCUCGACCGAUCCGAUUUCUUCACCUACUUCCUUGAGAUGAGCGAGUUGGAACUCAAGAAGCCAGCGAAACAAGUCAAUGUCGGCAAACUGCAGUCAUUGCUGGAUCUUGCUACACGGCACUCAGGCUCCGUUGCGGUAGAAGACCCCUAUAAGGAAGAUAUAAAGGUUCAGAUUAACGAUACUGGGCUUACUAAUUGGUUGAUGAAAAUUGUAAACGUGCAAGGUCUCGAUCAAGAUGCUGCAACCGCGACGCUAUCGAGCUACACUCCCGCCAACACAACGCAAAUAACGAAUGACGACAAGAUCACAGGAUACCAAGCUUUGGUGUUUGACUAUGCCAUGCCCUUCCCACUAUCAUUAGUCGUUAGUCGAGUCACCUUGACCAGGUAUCAGUUACUCUUCCGCUUCAUACUCAGCUUGAAGCACCUGGAAAUGGAUCUAGCGAAAUCCUGGGGUGAGCAGGGCAAGAACGCAGCAUGGAAACAUCGAUCAAGAAACCCGCGCAUUGAACUCUGGAAGAGGAGAGCCUGGACGCUCAGAGCGCGGAUGCUGGUCUUCGUACAGCAGCUCACUUACUACUGCACAUCCGAAGUCAUCGAACCUAAUUGGGCAUCGCUGAUGUCUCGGCUGAGCGACGAGCGCAAGCCAGAGUCGAGAGGCAAAUCAAGGGCACACGAAGACGAAAGUGGCGGACCGCGAGUGAAACAGACUGUGGACGAGUUGAUGCAGGAUCAUGUUGACUUUCUCGCGACAUGUUUAAAAGAGUGCAUGCUUACUAACAGUAAGCUGCUCAAAAUCAACAAUAAAAUCAUGUCAACAUGCACCCUCUUCGCCCAAUUCACCCACUCCCUAUCCCGCUACCUCAUCACCGGCGACCCUGACCUCGUCGCUGAAGUGAAUGCAGCCUUCAAGCCGCCCCCACCAGACCCCAAAUCCAAACCCAAUGCUUCGACACGCGCCCCACCCAAUGCCAACCCUGCAGCCUCUACCCUCGUGUCCACCCGCCCUGGUACCUCAGUCAGCCAUCGCCAACCAACACAGUUUGUUUACGAUCUUCAGGGCGUGGACAAGAUUUUGGACAUGUUACCCAUUUAG